ACGUGAAUCAAAACGAAGAAGCAAUUACAAUGUUCGCUAAAGUUCUUGCCGUAUCUGCCUUUGUUGCUUUUGUACAAGCUGGAUUAUUGCCUUCGGCUCAUUCUGGAGAUGAACAUGCCAUUGAUUAUCACGCUCACCCCAAAUACGACUUCAACUAUGGAGUCAAAGAUCCACAUACUGGUGACCAAAAAUCUCAUCACGAAUCUCGAGACGGUGAUGUUGUAAAGGGAUCUUACUCACUUGUAGAACCUGAUGGUACCUUGAGAACUGUCCACUAUACAGCCGAUGACCAUAAUGGAUUUAACGCCGUUGUAGAAAAAUCUGGACACGCUGUACACCCUCAACCAAUCGCUCAUGAAGUACCUGUUUCCCAAGAAUACUACCAUCAUUAAAUUUAUUUAUAAA